AUUGUUCGAUGUGACCAUCCUUUUAUUUUCUUCAUCCGUGACCUAAAGACAGAUGCCAUAUUGUUUUGGGGUAAAUAUGUGAUGCCAGAAGCUUCAGAUGAAUCUUAUAAUACAACUGACUGUGGUGAAAAAACAGACUGUGGCAAAACAACUGAGAAGCCAACAGUGACAACUGACAAAAAAUGUAAGGGCAAGAAGUGUGGGUCACAAGAAACAACCAUGUUGCCGAUGGAGACGAAUGUGAUGCCAAAAGGCUCCAAUAAAAAUAAAACUGUUACAGGCUGCACGGAGACAUGUGAAAAUAAAAAAGAACAAUGCAAGCAGGAUUGCCAAGGCAUGAAAGGAAAUAAAUUGAAACUC